UUUAACAGCGUCUACUAUUGCAGUUUGUGCCCAGUCUAAUAUAGCUUGUUACUCCCUCUUGUUUCGCUCUGUGUGCUAGUGGAGCCUAACCGCAGUCAGGACCAGAAAAUGUUUGUCACGAUCCUGCUCGGAGACGACAGGAUGGAAAUGCUCAAUCCCAACUGCAGGCUGAUAAACUUCAUCCAUCAUUUAAAGGAGCGGUGUGGUCUUGAUCGCAAAGAGUGUGUGGAGUUGAUGGACAGUAGCAGUAGAGUGAUGAACCUGGAGGGGAAGCAGCAAAGUGUGGCUCUGGCCAGCAGCGUGCUGGUAGAGAGACAAAACUACGUCCUCCUACGAGUAUGCCGAGACAGUGAUACUGGAGGUCGGAAAUAUGUGUCUCUCCUAAACAACUUCAGCCAGAGUCAUCCUGAGUUAGCAGAGCUGCUGAGGAAACUGAAUAACCCAGAGCAAGAGCGAGACAGAGAGAUCAGAGGAGGACGGACACAGAGGAAGAGUCUUGCCAGCCAAAGCGGGAGCAAAAACAUCUCUGCAAAUAACAAGAGACGCCAAAUCAAGUAGUUUCUGUACAACUUAAAACUUUAAAGCGAAAUAAAUUUGUGUCAUAUUUGCUGAAACGGUCCCUAUACUAAAGUACAUGAAAUGCACAAGGAACUUACAUCAAACUGCUCCAACCGCAAAGGUUUGGAAACAGCCAACCUCAGACGUCUGUAGAAAUCUUGAGGGAGGUACUACAGGGAAGAUUAAUGUUUUUAUAAUAUUUGGGCCUGACCACCUUGUAUUCAUUAGAAUUUUUUUUGUAAUGAAAUCAGAAAAAUCUGAAAAAAAAUUCAGCUUUGAAUAUGUUUAUGAUCUCAAUCAGUAAGCAAAGUCCUUUGACGUCACUGGGGAUGCUGUCCCAAAUUUAAUGACGUCAUUAAAUUACAAGAACCAAGGUUAUAAAUAGGUCCACUGGCCCUGUUCCUCUACAGCCCUGAAGACAAAUGGCCGUCCCCCAAGAGCUUGGGUCUGUCUGAGGUUUCUGCCUAUUAGAGAAACAUUUUUCCUUACCACCAUCACCAAGUGCUUGCUCAAGGGGAAAUUUUUCAGUCUGCGGCUGUGGACGAUUUGCCUCCCCACUGACUGGCCUCCUCGCAUGCUGUCCAAAGACAGAUUGGGACCGCAUGCCCUGAUGCCCCUCACUGGAAGGAUGGUUCCAGAUGAUUUGGGGCAUCUCUCUCCACAGCCUGCAAAUGGAGAAGCUCUGCCCACAACUCCCUUAGACCAACACGCCACCCCACUGGACCAUCACCCAGACCACCCCCAUGGAGACCUGAUCACCCUCAUCUUCCUCCACAUCAUGUCCCUCGAAGACAUCCAGCUCAGCCUGCUCUGCUCUCACCUGAGAGGUCAGGCACUACACUAGACAACUCAUACGUUGUCAUUGUGUUUGUUUGACUUUUUCUUUUUUUACAGUAAACAAGUAAGGCUGUAUAACAUGUUAUUAAUCUCAUAUUAAUGUACUGAAACCUCAUAUAUAAUUUGUUUUUACAACAAGAGACUAAGGAGUCUGUCUGAUUUCAACAAUGAAUGUACCUUUUGUGCUUCAGACUGAAUGAAACCUAAAUCAUUUGUUAUUGUUUGUUGUGAUGUCCAGGGUUUGAUGUCCUCUGCUUUUGGCCUUAAAAUCGGGCCUGCGUUCCAAAUCGCAUCCUUCUACUAUAUACUUUUAGUAUAUACUGCAGCUGCCCUUAAAAAGUAUGUAGUGUAGUAUGCAGUAUGCAUGCAGUAUAGAUACUAUUGGGACACACUACAUCCGCCAUCACAUCGCUCCCUGAACUCCGACCCUCUUGCUCACUUCCGCCGCCGUCCGUAGCGCCACAUUUGAAUAUUUUGUUUUGUUGUACUUCGGAGAUGCAGCAAAUCUCCUCUCGUCGAGCUUGCCAGAGUUGUGCAUACGACAAGAUGUUUGUUGUUAAAUAUAUUUACAGCUAUGCAGCUGCUGGCACUAUAUUCUGUCUGCACGUGAAGCAGCC